AUGGCUUCCACUAACCCUUACACCUCCUUCACCAUCACCCAGGCCUUCCUGGGUGCUCCCCUCGAGUUCCAGCCUGCUCUCAACACCCUCGAGUUCCAGGAACUGAUCGAUGCCUAUGUCACCGGUUCUGCAUCCAGGCAGGACAAGAUCUCUCAGGUUACUCUUGACUUCUACAAGAAUGCGACCGUCGACCUUAACACUGGCGCCCUCGUCCGCAUAUACACUGUCCUCCCUUCUCCAUGGACCGGCUAUACCGUGUUUGAGCAAAGCCCUACUCAAUCCACAUCCUCCGGGUUCUCCCCAAUCUACACUCCUUCUCCUGGCUCUUCUGCUACCUUCGGCGACUCGUCUUAUGGCUCUAUGAGCAUGACUCCUCCUACUCGUACUCAAGGAGCUCGAGCCCGUGUGACGAAGAAGGCGAAGAAGGACACUCCAAAGGCCGCCGAAGCUAGGUUGCCUGGCUUCUCGAUUAUGACCAAGGACGGCAUUGAUGUUACGAACUCUGCUGGUCGGGGAACCAAGACUAAGGAACAGCGAGAGCAUGCCCAUUUGAUGAGAAUCAUGAAGGCUUGCGAUGCUUGCAAGAAGAAGAAGAUCAGAGUAGGUAUUCCAUUUCCUCUUUUCGCAGAAAUGGUGUUAAUCAUGGCUAUAGUGCGAUCCUUCUCAUCGAAGAUCACACAACGACAUGUCACGCACUGCAUCCACCUCUACACAACAGACUUCCUCCUCUGGCACAGCCUCGACCCCACCAUUAUCUCGCGCAACCACCCAUGCCAGCAGCGCACCCUCCUUCAGUCCCUCGAAUCCAAUCGACGAUUUUGUACUCUUCCCUGA